GAUCCCAGAGUCCUGGACAGCAUGCUUCCAUACUUGAUAGCCUACUAUGGCAACCCCCACUCCAGGACCCACGCGUACGGCUGGGAGAGCGAGGCCGCCAUGGAGAAGGCGAGGCGUCAAGUUGCGGAUUUAAUAGGAGCUGAUUCAAGGGAAAUUAUAUUUACCAGUGGUGCAACAGAAUCAAAUAAUAUGGCAAUUAAGGGUGUUGCAAGGUUCUAUAAAUCCAGAAAAAAGCAUAUCAUUACUACACAAACGGAGCACAAGUGUGUGUUGGAUUCCUGCCGGUCCCUGGAAACAGAGGGGUUUCGGGUCACGUAUCUGCCUGUUAAAAAGAAUGGGCUCAUAGAUUUGAAGGAGUUGGAAGCUGCAUUCCAGCCAGAUACAAGUUUGGUCUCUGUAAUGACUGUGAAUAAUGAAAUAGGAGUGAAGCAGCCAAUUGGUGACAUUGGUGAGAUCUGCCGCGCACGUAAGGUUUUCUUCCACACAGAUGCUGCGCAAGCAAUUGGUAAAAUUCCUAUGGAUGUCGACGACAUGAAAAUUGAUCUAAUGAGCAUCAGCGGCCAUAAAAUUUAUGGGCCCAAAG